AUGCUUCUGUCGGCAGCAAAAAAAACUCCCACCGUGGAUCACGCGUCCCCUCAACAGCAUCCAUCAAUGGAGCUAGACGCCAUGUGGAGAUUUCACACUGACGUACAGCAGUACAACACAUAUCCCAACUUUCGCAUGCUUUGCAGGCGAUGGGUCGACGAAGGAAAACCGGUGGACGCGAGAGACAACACGCAAAAGACCCCCCUCCACCAUGCCGCCCAGUGGGGGCAGGAGGAAGCGCUAGACUUCCUCAUCGAAUGCGGCGCAGACGUCAAUGCCGCCGACUUUAUCUCGGACACUCCGCUGCACCUGGCGUGCUACUUCGGCCACGCAAACUGUGCGCGUAUCUUGAUCAUGGUGGGCGCGAACAUCGCUGCCAAGGAUUGCUACGGCAACACUCCGUCUCAGAUUUUCGACGACCACGUGACGGAGCCAGUGUUGGACGAGAUCCGCUUCAUUGUGCGAGAGGUGAUGAAAGGCCCGCCCUUGCUGCCGGAGUCUGGUCCAGACUUGGCUCGCCCGUCCUCAGAUGCCAAGCAACACCCGGGUGGCAAUCCUCAUCGCCAAAGCAGCUACUCAGCCGCGGCUUCACCGCACCCGCCUCAAGCGCGCAAAGAUAGUGGCACUGGUCAGCGGCCAGUCGAAAGUGGAAGUUUAUCGUCGGAACCCCGGGCUACCGUGGAAGGGGCGACCCAACGAGUGAAAGCAGUGCCCUACACCCCGUUGGGGGACGGGGGGAUACCGCCAAGGGCAUCGUCCACGGCGCUUCAGACGGGAUUAGGGUUGGACAGAAAGAGUGACGUAGUUAGCAGUCCUGCAGGAAACGGUCAGAAUGCGAGCAGUACGCCGUUGUUAGGGUCUUCAGGCCCGGAGCAGCUGGGGCAGCAAGAAAAAGGAAGGGUUGGAAGAGAUGACAGGGCGUGGGAACCAGGGGUUGAUGGGAAAAAUGCGGGCACCACCGCCGUGGAGGGGGCAGCGGUGCCUUCGCCGCUAGAUGGGCCUUCAGGGCCCGGAAGCCUUGCGCCACGCCUAAGGCUUAAGCUUCCUUGGGAAGACGAAACGAGCCCCGAGCAAGCGAGAACAGAGGGGAGCGAGAGAUCUCCAGAGGGAGCCGCUGCCGGCGCUUCUGGCGAUGGGAAUGCCAGCGCGCGAAUGGUAGGAGAAGAGGGUACGGCGGCGACGGGGCUGACUUACCCAGGACCCCGCCCCCUAUCGGCCCCUUCGAUGCGCCCCAUGAUUAGUGCAAGCAGGCUUAACGCUACGAUUCCGAUCCUCUCUGGGAGAAGCUACCAGAGUCACAACGUCGUCAGGGGCAAGGGCGAAGGCGGGGGCGGCACUCUGGGUGCCAGCGGGAGCUUGGGUCGCACGGGGGCUGCUACCUUGGCGGGAAGGCUGGUGGCGUACGCGACGAGACCCGGCGGGUCUUUGGACAUUUUCGCAGCUGCGAGAGACGGCCAGGUUAGUGUCUUGAAGCAAGCGCUUACGGAUGGGGAGGAGGUGGACGCCCAGGACGAAAACGGCCUGACCGCGCUCAUGUGGGCGGCUCGGGCCGGAAGACUCUCCACGGCCAAGUACCUCGUGUCUCAGGGGGGCAGCCUCACGCGGAGGGACGACGCCACGGGGUUUUCGCCUUUGCACUUCGCGGCGUACUACUGCAGGAGUUCCGUGGUGCGUGUUCUAGUGCUUGCCGGGGCGGAUACUCAAGCAACGGAUAACGCCGGGAAAGCGCCGGGGGAGCGGUUCCAGGCGGUGUCCUACCUGAGCCAAGGCUCGACCGAGGAAGACGAGCGACCGUCGAAACACGGCAGCAACCGCUCGAGCAGUGCCUCCCGCUCUCGCUCGCGGAGCCGGCCCGAUCCCUCGACGAGCAGCCGCCGAGCCUCGGCGGACAUAGCGCGCAGAGCCUACGCAACGAUGCAAACGAUGCACAGCGGGGUCGACGACGGCUCGGUGGACAGGGAAAGGGGCAAGUCGGAGGUCUCGAGGGGCGGGGGUGCCGGGGACAGCAACCCCGCUGGGGGCGUCCGCUACUACCUGAGGAGAGGGUCGCUCCAACAAGCAGCCAACAAGACUCGAGAGAUGAUGACCGCCGGCGACAGCAACGACAUCCGCUCUCAGAAGGCGAGCACCUCAAACCGCAGCCGCUCUUCCUCACGACCGGUGUCGGGUGGUGGGGGGAGCGGGAGAGAAAGCGGCGUCAGCUUCUACCUCCGCAGAGCAUCGCUGCAGGGCGUACCGUUUCUCGAUGGGUUUCUCUCCGGCAGCUUAAAGAACCAGGAUAGUGGCGCGGCGGCGGCGGCGGGUGCGGAUUCGGCACAGAGGAAAGGGUCGAACAGCUUCCGGCCAAGCCACGACGCCGGAACCGAUAACGGGACCGGCAACGGCGAUGAUAAAUCCUCGACCGCCGUCGAGGGUGCUGCUGCCAUCAGCGCCGCCGCAGCCGCUGCUGGGGUCGUCGCUGCUGGUGCCGCUACCAAGGCCGCGUGUUCGGGGGGAUGCAGCGAACGCGAGAAUGUCGACGACGAAAUGGAAGUCGGCGGGGGCAGGGGCUCUCGAAGAGAUCGGGGUAGCGCGAGCAGUGGCAGCGAACCAGACCGAAGAGAACGAGGCGGAGGAGGAGGCGGAGGGGGGGAGGAGGGGCAGAGACAAGGAGUGAGGAGACUAUCAGCAAGGAUUAUCGAGGGUAUCCAGGGUGGGGUGAAGGAACUUGCUGGUCAACUCAAGGGCGAUAGGGUUCCGAGCGGCGAUCGUGGUUCGGUCUACAAGGACCAGGACGUCGAGUCGGGCACAAGGGCGCUACAACCGCACGAUCCCAGAGGUGAAAUUGAGACACCGGUGUUCCCCUCUGGUUUGGAGCAGCCAGAGGAAUCUCGGCCAAAGUCGCAACAACAGUCGCCAGAACCGCGACAGCUACAGCAACGGCACCAGAAACGAGAAAGCGCUACCGGCGCUCCUGGAAAACACAACCAACGAGCGAGAAUACAUUCAGACGGCAUUCCCGUCGAGGACGAAGGCGGUGGCGGCGGCGGCGGCGGCGCCAGCUCAAGUUUAGGUCGUCCUCAUGGUGGGGGCGAGGGCGGUAUACCCGCUAUUCAACAAGAAGCGGACGCUGAAGAAAUUGCCCCCCAAGCGGAAGAGCAUCACCGCGAAGGAGACGGGGACAGUCUUGCUGAUGUCGCCCCCCCCCGGAGAAAGCGAAAGCAGCGGCAGCUCAACCGGGACCCGUUGACAUAUUCGCUCGACAACGAACCAAACCACCCCCAAGAGGAGCUGCCGCAAGGAGGACAGACCGGCGUCGUCGUCGGUAUGCGUGCGACCCCCACGCCGACUCCCAGGGGGGAAGAAGGUGCCCGAGAGAAUGCCCGAAGGAAUCAAGACGCGUUCUCCGCUGGUGCGGGAUCGGAAGCUACGCCCACCAUCCUCGAGCCCGAGGGAGCGGAUGAGGCAAAGGCGAACGCGAAGGCCCGGUCGGUGGCGGAGAGUCCCGUGGCGGUAAGCCCUGCCGGUGACCCCUCGGCCGUGGGCGCGGGCCCAACGAAGAAGGCGACGGCCUUGGUUGGCCGUGGCGAAGACCGCUUCAUUUCUCAGGAACGAAAGGAGACGACGGGGGGAGCACCCGCUGCCGUGGUCACGCCCCGGCCUCCGUCGGCAAGAGACGGAGAAGGAGCGGGGGCAGGCAGCGGGGUCGAUUCUCUGGAGCCAAAGAUCCACAGCGAAGACGAAAGCAUCGGCAAGAAGCACGGGAAAAGCGACCGGAAGAGCGGCGGCAGGCGAAAGCACCACCACCGCAAGCACAGGCGCCACCAUCGACACAGAGACGUUAGCGACGACGAGGGCGGGGGCGACGGAAGAAGGAGAGGUCGCCGCAGCAGCAGAGACCGCCUCUUGCGAGGGCCUGCCCUCUCGACUACCACCGCCUUGGCGCCCCUCAAGCGGGUCCCCCCUGCUUCGUCGUCGCCGGGGAAGAGUGCCGUUGACGGCGCUGAGGCGGUGUCAGAGCCGUCUGUGGGGUUCGGCGGUGGGGGCGGCGAUCUCAGCGGCGACGGCGGCGGAUAG